AUGCAACUGACAAGUCUGGGAUUAGGGCUACAAUUAAGAGCUCACUUGAUUUUGUCAGGAUUCAGUGUCUCUCUAAUUCUUGGCUACAUUCUUCCUGGUUUCUUCACUUUUCAGGCUUCACAAGGUAAAAAGAUGCAAGCCAGCAACCUCAGAGGUAGAUUCCCCAGGUUCAAUUACAAUGGAAAAUGUGCCUCUGCCACGCAAGUUCCUGUAAGCAUCUUUCUGUUCUGUAUUGGCUGUACUUUAAGGUUGCCUGAUUUAACAAAUAAAUAUACAAGAUACUCAGCACUUUUUAAAUUGUUUCUAAUUGUCAGUGAUAUUCAUGGGGCAUAA